UUCAGUGAUGGGAAUGUGGGGCACAACCAAUCAUGAUGCUCAGCAUCAGCAUUUGGUGCUUUUCUGUAUCAUUUAUUACUCCUAUCUCUUCCUUCUUAACUCCAUCUUUGCUGCAACUGUGUCAGUCAUUCCAUGGCUUCACAAUCAGGAAAAUGUGGGGCUGUGGUGCCCUUGGGUGGUCUUGUCGUAAAACGUGGAAGUGGGAGUGGAGUGGCAACAAGGUUGCUUUUCAGUUGGAAGAUCUAUUUGCGGUCAAUGAACCUGUGUCUAGUUCUCUUGAAUCUGUUUAGCUUCUGUGACUCAUCUGUUAGACCUGAUGUCGAAGGGGAAGCCUUGGUUGAGCUUUUAAGAGGUCUAAAUGAUUCGAAUAAAAAAAUUAAUGACUGGAAUGAUUUCUUUGUAAGCCCAUGCUUUAGCUGGUCUCAUGUUACUUGUAGGAAUGGAAAUGUCGUAUCCCUGAGUUUGGCAUCAAAUGGAUUUUUGGGAACUCUUUCACCUUCCAUCACUAAGUUAAAGUAUCUGGUUAGCUUGGAAUUAGAGAAUAAUCAACUGUCUGGAGUAUUACCUGAUUACCUUGGCAGUAUGCAGAGUCUAGAAAUCCUGAACCUGGCGAGCAAUAACUUAACUGGGUCUAUACCAGCUUCUUGGGGAAAACUUUCUAAGCUAAAGCAUUUGGAUCUUUCAUCCAACAGUUUGAUUGGGAGGGUUCCACCUGAACUGUUUUCAGUUUCUACAUUCAAUUUUACAGGAAAUCGUCUUGAUUGCGGCUCUACCUUGCAGCAGCCCUGUGUCUCAAGCUCCGAUUUGCCAGGUUCCGUUAGCAAAUCGAAGCUUGGUGUUGUUGUUGGCACUGCAGGGGGUACUGCACUGCUACUUUUGAGUAUCGGAGCUCUCUUUGUGUUUCUACGACGUCAACGCCUAGCACAUGAAAGAAAUGACGUCUUUGUUGACGUGGCUGGCGAGGAGGAAUGCAAAAUUUUCUUUGGGCAAUUGAGAAAGUUUUCAUGGCGCGAACUGAAAAUCGCGACAGCCAAUUUUAGUGAGAAUAACGUGAUUGGUCAAGGAGGAUUUGGAAAAGUUUACAAGGGGGUUCUCAUGGACCAUAGAAAAGUUGCUGUUAAACGACUGAGUGACUAUCAUAACCCUGGUGGAGAGGCUGCAUUCCAUAGGGAAGUUGAGCUGAUAAGUGUAGCAGUUCACCGGAAUCUUCUGCAAUUGAUUGGGUUCUGUACCACCUCCUCGGAGAGAAUUCUUGUUUACCCAUUUAUGGAAAAUCUUAGUGUAGCUUAUCGCUUACGAGAUUUGAAACCUGGUGAGAAGGGUCUGGACUGGCCCACAAGAAAACAUGUUGCUUUUGGUACGGCCCACGGCUUGGAAUAUCUUCAUGAACAUUGCAAUCCUAAGAUAAUACACCGUGAUUUGAAGUCCGCCAACAUACUUCUAGAUGAUACUUUCGAACCGGUUCUUGGAGAUUUUGGGCUCGCAAAACUCGUUGAUACAAAAUUGACUCAUGUUACAACCCAAGUGCGUGGAACUAUGGGGCAUAUUGCUCCUGAAUACCUUUCCACUGGUCGGUCAUCAGAAAAAACAGAUGUCUUUGGGUAUGGCAUAACUCUUUUAGAGCUUUGUACUGGCCAGCGUGCUAUCGAUUUCUCAAGGCUCGAAGAGGAGGAUGAUGUUCUGCUGCUUGAUCAUAUCAAGAAGUUGCUGAGAGAGAAGAGGCUUCAGGAUAUUGUCGAUGGCAACUUGAAGCAGAAUUAUGAUCCAAAAGAAGUAGAGACAAUCAUUCAAGUUGCACUACUGUGCACUCAAAGCUCACCAGAGGACCGUCCGAAGAUGGCUGAAGUGGUGGGUAUGUUGCAAGGAGUUGGGCUAAGUGAGAGAUGGGCAGAGUGGGAGCAGCUUGAAGUGGUACGAAGUCAGGAGUAUUCAGUCAUGUCCCAUCAGUUCAUCUGGAAUGAAGAUUCAACACAAGAUCAAGAAGCCAUACAGCUGUCCAAAGCAAGAUAAAAACCUGAGAUAGAGAAACCUCAUAUUCAGUGCUCAAUAAUUUCAGGCUUUUUCUUCAACCGAGGGAAUGAGAAAAUUUUACAUGUUUCCUAUGUAUACAACCUUUUAAUCUUCCUGUACAUCUAUCGCCAACAUGUGCUUCCUAAGUCAUUGCAUUUGUGUAACUGGUGCAAAAAAAAGGAAGGUUGUUUC